UAACCCCCUCCUCUCCCUCCACGUUACCCUCACGCCCAUAUCUUGCUUUCACCCCCUCUAUCUCCCCACCAACCACUGUGGCAUGAAGUGACCCCUCCUGAGUUGACUCAAAAGUCACCCUCUCUGUCUCUAUAUUCCCCUUCCCAUUUCCAACCUCCUCCCCUCCCUCUGCGCUACCCACACCCCCAUAUCUAGUGUUCACCCCAUGUGUUUCCCCAUGAGCACUGUUGUCACAACCCACACCUGACUUUGCUGCCUCCCUUUCAUCACACUCCUCCUCCUUUUCUUUGAACUGCACCCCUUCUCGCACAGCAGGAGCAAGGAGAUCAGGGAAAAGCGCUCUACGCUGUGUUGCUGCCACUCCUGGGAACGAGCUUCCUGCAACAGUAGACAGCGUGGAGGAAGGCUUUUGAGUCGACUCAAACGCAGCAGCAAGAGGACCGGAGAGCACUUUUCUAGGCUCUGCUGCUACUUCUCCUGGGAACGAGGUGCCUGCAACAGGAGGAAGUCUGCUGUCUCCUUGUCUGCUGGAUUCCCCCUUGGCAUCACGAUCCUCCCUUCCUCCACUGAUGCACUGUUUCCCAUCAAGAAACGGUCCGUUGAAGGGAGGUUUUGCCAGCCCGGAAGACAGCCUGUUAUUGCAAGGGAGGGUCGCCUGCUGCUGCUGGUGUAGCUGCCCGACCUUUCUGCAAUGUGCUCUGCGGUUAUUGCUGCUGCUGCUGCUGCUGCUGCUGCUGCUGCUGGUGCUGGUGGUGGGGUUGUGUGUGGUGGCGCUGAUGCUUGUGGUGACAGGGACAGCAGCAGGAGGAUUGAAUGAGAAUGACAAGUCUGCUGAGAUGCUCCUGCUGUGCCGGUUAGAGCUUAGACUCUGAUUGUAACCAGUUCUAGUGGUGCUGCUGCUGCUGCUGCUGUUGCUGGUGAUUCUGCUGCUGAUGCUUGUGCUCGUGGUGGCAGAAGCCACAGCAGCAGGAGGGUCGAAUGAGAAGUCUGCUGAGAUGCUUCUGCUGUGGCGGCUAGGGCCGGAGGAAGAACGGGAAGCAGCAGGCGGUUUUCGAAGCGAAUUGACAGCUGCCUGAGAGCCAACCGUGUGCGAGCGACGCCAGCUGCCAGCGGGCUCUAAACCAGGGGGGUCAGGUGGGCGUGGAAGUGGCGAGACAGUCACCUGGGAGCCAACUGUGUGCGAGCGUGUCCAGAUGCGGGAUUGUUGAGGGGAGUUGAGUCCAGUGGACAUUGGAGGUGGCCGUUGAAACGGUGUUACAGCAGCCUGAGAGGUGACUGUGUGCGAGCGAGACCACACGCGCGCAUUGUGAGGGGAAUCUGUGUCA